AUGGCCGAAGCAAUCCUCUUUGGUCUUGCACAGAAAAUGAUUGAAAAUCUAGCCUCUCAGACUUUCCAAGAGUUUGGAUCACUCUGGGGUGUCGAAGGUGAGCUUGAAAAACUCAAGGACACUGUUUCUACAAUCCAAGCUGUACUUCAGGAUGCAGCGGAGCAGCAAAGUCAUAACCAUCAAGUCAAGCACUGGCUCGAAAAGCUAAAUGAUGCAGUUUAUGACGCAGAUGACCUGUUGAAUGAGUUUUCAACUGAAGCAACAAGGCGAAGCAUGGUGAGUAAAAAUAAAAUCGCCAAAGAGGUACGCACUUGCUUUUCAUGUUCAAACCCAAUUGCUUUUCGUUAUAAGAUGAGUCGUAGAAUAAAGGCGAUGAGGCAGAAACUAAAUGCGAUAGCAGAAGACAAGAACAAGUUUAACUUGAAAGUAGACAACGUAGAGACAAAUGUUAUGAGUAGGAAGAGGGAGACUCACUCUUUUGUUCGGGGAGAAGUUGUUAUUGGGAGGGAUGACGACAAAAAGAAUAUCAUAGACCUAUUAUUCGACUCUAAUGUAGAAGAGAAUAUUUCGGUCAUUCCCAUUGUGGGGAUUGGGGGCUUAGGGAAGACUACACUUGCUCAAUAUGUGUACAAUGAUGAGAAAGUUCAAAAAUACUUUGAGUUAAAAAUGUGGGCAUGCAUCUCUAAUGUCUUUGAUUUAAAAAUUAUUAUUGAAAAAAUAAUAGCAUCUACUUCUAGUAAUGCACCAAUUGGAAACCUUGUAAUAGAUCAGUUGCAAAGUCAACUUCGUGAAAAAAUUGAUAAAAAGAAAUACUUACUUGUAUUAGAUGAUAAAUGGAAUGACGAUCCGGAAAACUGGUGUAAAUUGAAAAGUCUUUUAAUGGGUGGUUCCAAAGGCAGUAAGAUUAUAAUAACUAGUCGUCUUAGAUUGGUUGCAGAGAUUACAUGCACAGUUCCACCAUAUUUUCUCAAAGGUCUGUCCGAAGAACAAUCUUGGGUUUUAUUUAGGCAAGUGGCAUUUAAAAAAGGGCAAGAGGCCAACAAUCCUAAACUAGUGAAAAUUGGAAGGGAGAUUGUAAACAUGUGUCAAGGGGUUCCACUUGCUAUAAAGUCCAUAGGAAAUAUGUUAUACUUCAAGGAAAAAGAGUCUGAAUGGUCAUUCGUGAAGGAUAAUAUAGAAGCAAAUGUAAUUCAAGGGAAUGAAAUUUUACCAAUUUUAAAGUUGAGUUAUGAUCAUCUCCCAUCACAUUUAAAGAGUUGUUUCACUUAUUGCUCUUUGUUUCCCAAAGAUUAUGAGAUGGAUAAGGAAACAGUAAUACAACUAUGGAUAGCACAAGGGUUUGUCCAAUCAUCAAUCAAAAACCAACAAUUAGAGGAUGUUGGUGAUGAGUAUUUCAAGGAUUUACUUUGGAGGUCGUUCUUUGAGGAAAUAAAUGUAUAUGGAGACCUAAAAUACAAGAUGCAUGAUUUAAUUCAUGAUCUUGCGGAAGCUAUUGCAGGUUGUUGGUUAAAGCAGUCAAACUACGUACAUUUCUUCUAA